AUGUUUCGUGGGCCUCGCACGUGCGUGUUGGUUGACAGCGCUAGGGAUAUCCCCAUCCUAUCCAACAACGGUAACGAAAGGUACGGCGCUGUUCCUCGGCAAAGGUCUUUCCCAUCACUCCAAUCUUUACUUACCUACCUUGCAUCUCUAACCCGUCCCACUCCUAAUGCUGCCUGCCUAUUGCUGGAAAAUGCUUCCACUCCAAUUGCAUACAUAAAAGCCUUUUCUCUAAUUUCUACGGUUUACUUCUUACUUUACGAACAAACAACUACUGAUAUUCACUCUGCGCCCCAUCAGCAAGCAGUAAUCUUUUUCACACUUAUUCAAAAGGACAUGCCCGCAUCAGCUGUCGCAGGGCCCCACAUUUGGCAUAAAGGUUGGGGAGGAGGUGGGUACAGGUUAUACCAAUGGACGGACAAGCCUACACUUGAAGUGCUAUUGCCUAGUAGUUAUAAUGCGUGUGUGUCAGAACGAUCUCGGAUCAUCCUAAACCUAUCUACUACGCCUAGACCGUACUUGCACUAUUAG